AUGGGCGACGGUUUGUUGAUAUCUGAUGGAAGAUGGGAACGGAAUAGACGACUUUUGACCCCUGGCUUCCAUUUUGAAAUACUCAAACCAUACGUUAAAGUAUAUAACAGUGUUACAGAUAUAUUUCUUGAAAAACUGAAGUAUUAUGCCAAAAGUGGCAAGGCAGUAGACAUAUUCCCGAGCGUAGCUCUAGCAACUUUAGACACAAUAUUUAGAUGUGCAUUUUCAUACCAUGGAAAUAUUCAAGACCAGGGAUUAUUUAAGAAAGAAGGACUACCAACAAAGCGCCAUCUUACUUUUUUUGAUAUACUACUUACAGCUAAAGAUGAAAAUGGAAUAGGACUUUCUGAUGAAGAUAUAAGAGCUGAAGUGGAGACGUUUAUGUUUUAA